UCCCGUUUGAAGACCAAUUUUCAAUUGUGUGAGCUGAUAAAAGUACCUGAUUAUGCUGCUGUCAUGCGUCUCCUUGCUCAGUUUACUGUGGAAAGCCUUCGAAUGAUGGAAUUGUCAGCGAACAGCACCUAUUUUCUGUUGACUUUCUGGCAACGUAUGGUCACUUCGGUCCCAUAUGUUCGCAGCAGUGAGGACCAUUUACUUAACCUAUGUUGUCCUGAGAUAAUGACGGCUUUCGUGGAAAGCCGACUGCAGAAUGUGGAAAGAGUUGUCAGAGAUGGGCACGAUGAUCCAUUGGACGAUCAGGGAGCAACGCUUCAAAUAAUGGAGCAUCUUGCUAUAAUAUGCCGAUGCGAGUAUGAGAAAACGGCUCAGCUUCUCGCUAAUGCUUUUGAUGAAAAUGCGAGAAUUAUGGAGGCUGGACCGGAAGGGGUUUGUUUAUGA